ACCUCCGUUACAGUCUGUCUACGUUACCUACUUCCUGCAUACGCUUCGGAAACAUACAACACACACGCGAGAUAUUCACACAAUGGCUACCCAGGAUGUCGAUGCUAAGCCCAGAAAGCAACUGAUUGUUAAUGCGUUCGUGAUGAUGUGCAGCGGCCACCAGUCUCCGGGCCUUUGGCGGCAUCCGGAUGACGAGUCCUGGAAAUUUGGGGACGUUGAACAUUGGGUGAACCUGGCCAAGACACUGGAGGAGGCCAAGUUCCAUGGCAUUUUCAUCGCCGAUGUUCUUGGCGGGUACGACGUUUACAAGCAGUCACUCGACCCUGCCAUCCAGACGGGUGCGCAAUGGCCCGUCAACGAGGCCCUUGCCGUCGUUCCUGCCAUGGCGGCUGCGACAAAGAACAUCGGCUUUGGUGUUACCGUAUCCACGACGUACGAGCAGCCGUACCAUCUUGCGAGGAGACUGGCCACGGUCGACCAUCUCACCAAGGGAAGACUUGGCUGGAACAUCGUGACCAGUUAUCUAGACUCAGCCGCCAGGAACCUCGGCCGAACUGAACAACUUCCCCACGAUGACCGGUAUGCCCAAGCAGAAGAGUACAUCAAAGUCAUGUACAAGCUCUUCCAGUCAUCGUGGCGGGACGACGCCGUCCAGCUCAACCGCGAGACGGGCGUCUACACAGACCCGUCCCUCGUCCGCAAAAUCAACCACCGCGGCCGGUUCUUCCAGGUGCCGGGCCCGGCCAUCACGGCGCCCAGCCCCCAGCGGACGCCCCUGCUUCUACAGGCGGGCACCUCCAAGGCUGGGAAGGUGUUCGCCGCCCAGCACGCCGAGGCCAUCUUUGUGUCGGCCCACUCGGCCACCGUCGUCGCCAAGAACAUUGCCGAGGUUCGCCAGCUGGCCAGGGAGCGGUUUGGUCGCGACCCAAGCAACAUCAAGGUCCUCGCGCUGGUGCUGCCGAUCCUAGGGCGGACUGAGGAGGAGGCGCAGGCUAAGCUCCAGGACUUUCGACAGUACGCGUCAACGGAGGGUGCACUGGCGCUCUUUGGUGGAUGGACCGGAAUUGAUCUGGACAAGUACGGUGACGAGGAAGAGUUGAGGCACGUUGAGAGUAACGCGGUUAGAUCCACCGUCGAGGCUUAUGCCCGCUUCUCCCCAGCGAACUCGAAGUGGACCAAGCACACUGUGGCAGAGCACAUCAGCAUCGGCGGCAACGGGCCCGUCCUUGUCGGCACGCCGGCCCAAGUGGCAGAUGCCCUGGAAAGCUGGGUUGACGAAGCUGACGUGGAUGGCUUCAAUUUUGCCUAUGCCCUCUUCCCGCAAUCCUUCCAAGACGUCGCCACGCUGCUCCUACCCGAGCUUCGGAGACGUGGUCUAUUCUGGCACGACUAUGCCGUUCCUGGCGGGACAUACCGCGAGAACCUCUACGGGAAAAAAGGUCAGAAGUACCCGUUGGACGAACACGUUGCCUCUUCCUAUCAGUGGCGCGCAGGGGUGUCGGCAAGUGAGCACCGGAUUCCGGAGUAAUGGACAUGUCAUGGUGGCGGGUCCCUGGGACGAUUGUGAAAACGAAGGCUGGGUGCAAGUCAUCGCUCCGAGGCGCAGCAGUGCGUUUCAACAUCAUCAUCAUGUCGUGUGAAUAGGGGAGGCAAUAGCAACCUCUGGCUCGUCCUUUGUCUGCUUGGUCGGUUCAGCCACCUUCUGGCUUGGUAGCUCGUCGUCCAAGACUUUAGGGGUCCAAGGCAUCGAAUCGAGCUUGUCCUGAAGGGUGGGCAGGUGUUGCUGCUCAACCGCCUCGAAGUUGGCCGUCAGCCACUCGCGGCAACGCUCUGUGUC